AUGACUUCAUCCCUUAAUGCUCAAACUCUGGGCGUUCCAGGAACCUCCUGUCACCAGCCACAGAUCACAGCAUUCCCCUGUCCUCUGGCAACAGAUCUUCAAAGACAAGGAGGGAAGGAAUGCCAGCGAAAACAGGAGGUGGGAGAAGACUUCUACCUCAGUCUGCAAAGAUCUGUUGGAAGUCUUCCCGCCUGUCAUGCUCUUCUGCCUUCUCCUGCUAAAUCCAGCUCUAGAAAAUGCUGCUUCUAUCUAUUCGUCAUCGUCAGAUGGCCCGUGAAUGCUCCUUAUCUUAACUCUAUCAAGAGAAGACAGAAAGCCCUGGGAUGUUCCCGAAGCAAACCCCUCCUCCUCGGCGCGUUAAUUGUGCACUGCACGAACAGGCUGGGUGGCCAGUGGGCCUGUGCACAGGCUAUUCUCAUCGGGACCCUUCCAAACACUUGUCAGCGUUUCCUGGUCAACCAGCGGGAGGCAGACACCAUUCUGCAUCAAGGUAGCCCAGCUCAGCAGGGUCAGCAGAGGCACUUCAGAGUCAAGGAGAACUUCCCCAUCCCAACUUUUAUGGACAAACGGAGGGACAUUUUGUUUGCAGAAGCGAAUCAAACAAAAAACUGCAUUCGUGUUCCAGAUGAGGCUCACAGAAACCGAGAAGAGCUGAAACAGAGGCGAGGCGAGACAAUGAAGAGAUCUGCGGGCUGGGACCCUAAGUGAGGCAGAGGGGACAAUGGCAGGCGGUCGCGGCGGGGACAGC